AUUGAAAGAGGUUUAGAUUGCUAUGAGUGUGCUACUGUUUGAGCUUGGCACUGUCCUUAGCAUUACAAGAACAGAGGCACAAUAAAUACAUCACCUUUCUUGUGCAUGUAUGCUGUCGUCAUAUUGGCUGAUACAGAUACAACCCCACUAUUAUUGUGUAGGCUGCAUCUGUUAAAGAUUAUUUGUUCAUUUUCUGUUUUCUGUACGACUUGAAUUCUUUCAGUAUGCAUUGUAGGCUGUUGCUAACAUUAUCAAUAAAGUGCAUGGCUUUGUUUGGGCCAGAAAUGGGCUCAACAUAAGUUUAAUUUUUGGGGGUUAGUUUAGUCCACUCGAGGAUACUAUAGCUUAACUGAGUUCUGGUCUAGAAAGUUAAGCUAACAGAACACAAGUGACUUCAUCCUGUAGAUAAAAUUGGUAGAAUGAUAAGAUGGAAUGUCCUGUUAGCAGAACUUUGACAAACAAAAUGUUGUGUAGUCUACUCAUAGAAUUUCUCACGUUUAACUUUAAUUAUGUUGGUGCUUGAGGUUUUAGUUUUGUGUUUUUUGGUGUGGAGGGCAUGGAAAAUGUGUCUUUAUUUAUUAAUUUAUUAAUUGACUUCCUUGUUAGGGGGAUAUGAUCAGGAGAAAACCAUUUUCUAGUAGCAGUGUGGUGUUGUGAAACUUAAUUUGUAACCCAAAGGUCACACAGAUAUGAGUCUCUUAGUGGCACACUGCUGUUGUUCCCUUGCGCAAGGUGCUUUCCUCAAAUUGCUUAAGAAAAAAAUUGAGCUGUUUGAAUUGACCAUUUAUUUAAAAAUCAGCACUGAAAUUUUGCCUGGAUAAUUAAUACAGUAAUUUAUCUUGGUUAGCAAAGACAGUCUUAUUUAGUGCUAGGAUAACCAAGUUGUUGUACAACUGUGUAAAGACUGUGGUACGAUCAUGUCAUAUCAGCACAGCAUUCUAUUUUAACCUGAAUUUGAGGCUGUUGGCGUUUGAGAUCAUUGGUAUAGACAAAAAGUCUGUUAUGUGGUUGUUUGUGGGUUUAAUGAUUCAAUAUAUAGAACUGUGUCUUAAACACCCACAUAUCUCUGAAAGAAACAUGUCUAAUGUGAAGCUCCACCGCUAGCCAGCAGUCUCUCCUAUUCUGCUGUCCCAGUUUGUAGAAUGAAAGUAUAAUCUGGUUUUUGGAUUGGAUAUUCUGAUGAGGCAAAGAGUGGUUCAGUACACUCUGAAAAUGCCACAGAAAACUGUGAGCCUACGUUUGAAUUGCCAGCUUGAAAGGUAUGGCCCCUUGUGUCAUAGCACCAAGGUUUCUGGUGACUGGCCGUAUAAUGGUACAACUGCUGGUGCCCAGGUACCAAUCUUGAAUCUUCAUUGCGAGAUGUAGGCAAAUUCUACCCUGAAUUCCAGCUGAUUCCGAAGUAGAAUGUGCACAUUGCUAUGACUGGCUUGGUUUGGAAUGCAUAAACCCCUUGAUGGAAGCCAUCAAUCCACUCUCUUGUAAAAGAGUACAAAUCCCCUUCUCUAUGCCCCCCUUCACACCCAGUUCAAACAAACCGAUCCCCAGCCUAACGGAAAAGCCCUGCUGGUCAGCUGAGCUGGAACUUUGGCCUUUUUGUUCUUGUCACAACAGUACUUGGAAUAGUCUAAUGUCACAGUCACCUUGCACCAGCACGUAGGUAUGGCAUUCUCUUCGUAGUGGCCUUUAAUCUGCCCUUUUUGUUUGGUUUCUUGAGGCUAUUUGACGGCUACCUUACGCAAUGCUUGUCUGGAAAUAAAUUUAUCUGUAAACACCGCAAAAGGACCAGCAAUUCUUAAACAGAACUUUAUCAACUGUACCAUCAAAUGCAGUUAAAGAACAAAGGUUUACAGAAAACACAAAAAAGUUGUUGGAGAGUUGCAGGGAAUGGCUGUUAGCUUGCUAGCUUUAGAUUACUAUGAAUAUCUGAAUUAGCCUACAUUAGCUAGCUGCCUCAGGUCUACUGUUUGUCAUUUUCCCACCAAAUGAACUUAAUGCUGAUAUGCUUGUUUUUUAUUUUUAAUUUUUAAACAAUCUUGAACAAGUGGUGGUAUGCAUUGCCAAUGUACCUUACAUCAGAGAAGAAGUCUUGUACCAUGUUUGUCAGAAAAAGAGAAUGAUCUGGAAUACCGCAGAGUUAUUCGCUCCCUGGUGAGACAUGUGAAGUACUUCUUGGGUCUGAGGUUUGAGGUGAGCGGCUGGGAGCACCUGCAGACAGAGGGACCCUACGUAAUCAUCUCCAACCACCAGAGCUCACUGGAUGUCUUGGGCCUGAUGGAGAUCCUUCCUGACCGUUGCACCAUGGUCGCUAAGAAGGAGCUGGUGUAUGCAGGCACAGUGGGCAUUGUGUGCUGGCUAGGUGGCAUCGUCUUCAUAAACCGCAAGAAGACCAACGACGCCAAGAGCGUGAUGGGUGAUGCUGCCAAGACCAUGCUGAAAGACCAGAUCCGUCUCUGGGUGUUCCCCGAAGGCACGCGCAACCAAAAGGGCGACCUCCUGCCGUUCAAGAAAGGCGCAUUCCACCUGGCGAUACAGGCGCAGGCCCCCAUCAUACCAAUUGUGUUCUCCUCCUACAGCAACUUCUACUUACGGAAAGAAAAGCAGUUCAAAUCUGGUACCAUCACGCUGAAGAUCCUGCCAAAGAUUGAGACAAAGGGCAUGACGACAGACGAUGUGUCUGCCCUUUCUGACAAAUCCUACAACAUCAUGCGCUCUGUUUUCAUGGAGAUCUCGGGAUCAGCCAGUCAGAGCAACGGGCCUUUAGGUCACUGAGCAUUCCACUGGUACCCAGAACCCCCACCCUCUCCCACACCCCUGACCUCCCGCCCACCUCAACCCACCUCACCCCGCCCCGCCCCACCUUUCUCCAGCAGCUCCUAGGACACGCAGGGCAGAGCAGUGGCAGGUUUUCUCCCGAACGAGACGCGGCACUGACGAGGACGACCAACCAACCAACCGAUCAACCAACCAACCAACCAACCGUUUUUAUUUCCAGAGCUACAAUCGCGGCAGCGCUAGAGGUACAGAACACAACGUUUUCGCCAUCCCCACGGGGUCUUUUAGUGGACUUUGUGAGUUUUUUUGAGGGUGGGGGGUGAGGGCUUGGGGUUUUUUGGGAGGCCGUUUGAAGUGCUUGGUUUCAGACUCUCAAUUUCAGCCACCAACUUGCUCUGUGAGCCUGUCCUGGGCCUGGACUCUCGUCAGCCUUGUCCUUAACCCAUCCUCCAGGAAUACUAUUGCUUGUUGGGUCCAGUUGGGUCGGGUGGGGCCCCGUCCUGCUGUAAGGACUCUUUAUGGAUGUGCGUUCAUCAUGCAUGCCUUUGGACCAUUCGGUCCAAGCUGUUUUAUUUUGUUUAUCAAUGGUUGUGCUUUUGCUUUUCCAUUGUAGUUCCAAGUUUAUUGUCCUAGCCAGAUUUAUAAGCAUUUGUUUUUAGUUGUAAAAUUUCAGUGUAUAUUUGUAUUACUUUCUUUUUGCGCCUUACACACACAUACCCUCCAAACACAUGCACACACACACACACACACACACACGCACACAUUAUCUCCCUCUCUAGUCUUCCCCCCCUACGGCUGACUACAUUCCAGAUUUUCUCUACUAUGAAAGAGAAGAGGAGUGGGUUAGAGUGAAGAAAGAGGAUGAGGAAGGGGAUGAGUGGGAGUAGUUAAAGGUGACUAGAGCAAACCAACAUCCUUUUACCACAUCUAUUCUCAGUUAUCAUGAAAGCAAUCCAACUGAAUGGUUAAUGUCAACAUAUUAAGCCAAACUGCAAGGAAAAAGAUCAACCAUUAAUUGGACUAGUUUAUUCUAAUAUUCUGCAUAGUUUGUGCACCACAGUGUUUCCCAACAAUCUUGCAAGAUUCUGCAUGUAACCUAAUGCAAGUGUUUCCAAACGGUGUACUUAUAGAUUCAUGUUUUUAUAAAAUUAGCAUUUUUCCUCUUCGUAGAAGAGCCCCAACAGUGAACCUGCUUGAAGUGUCAAAGGUAAUUUAGUCAAGUACAGAUUACACUGUACCAAUGUUACCAUUCCAAAGUACAAGCUUCCAGUUGUGCCAUGUCAAACCUUUAGUUACAGGUGCUUUACUACUAUGUAACACAGAAAGGGUUUAAGCAUGGUGAAAAGACAUUGCCAGAAUGUUCAAAAUGACAAACAGUGGUUUCAUUGCUGUAAAAAGCAGAUUGUUGCAGCUACUUCCCCCCCCCCCCCCAUGAUUCAGUUGGGGUCUCCUUCCUAGGGCUCAAAUAUUUUCAUUUUACUUGAAACUUGAAUUUUUAGCAGUGACCAUGUGCCCUGUUUAUUUUGCUGAUAAAUAUUCUGCUCUCACUCCUGCACAGAAAUUGUGUGCAGAACAUACAUGUUUCAAGUGUUUCAAUUGGCUAUAGGGAGUAAUGAGCAGUGCGGGGCAGAGCUACCAUAAAGACCAAGACUAUCCAUGCACACUGAAACCUUGCGGGAAAUUUACAGAUUCGUGAAAAUGGUGAAUUCAGAAUUAAUUUAUGAUCACUUUAAUAUUUUGGUGCCGGUGCUAGGAGUUGAUACGAUUAGAUUGUGUCCUGUCUCACCUUUUCACUGGGUACAUGUAAUCAGGUUAAGUGAGCCAUGUCAUCACUGCUGAACCUGAAAUAACUCAAAUCCAUUGCAGGCAACACAAUGUGUUGCAAAUGUACAGCAGAUAUUAUUCCAUAACAUAAUUUUAACUUUUUUGAAUUGAGUGAUGAAGAGCAAUUAGCCACAAUGGAAUGCCUAUAAACACUUGGUUAUCUGCCGAGAUAUCGUCAGUAGAGAAUGAAAUCAUAUAGAAUAUAUAAUCCGACAAAUUUGUUACAAUUAAAGAGUCUAUUGAAAAAAAAACAUUUUAAUAUUUAUUUAAAACAAUAGUAAUAUACCAUAUUUUGAAAUUAGAAUAAUUCUUAAUUCUAUGAUAUUUUGGCAGCGUGUUCUUAAUAGAAAUGUCAUCGUAAUUCAAUGCCAGAAUAAGAAGAUCCUCUUAAAAGGGAGUGUUUCUGCAGUGUAGUGCUGAACCUAUUAUAUGAAAGACCAUUGUGCAAGCACAUAUAAUUUACAUUUACUUCUGUACGAUAACAUUACAGUCUGGUUGGUGGUGAAGUGGAAAAACAAAUUUUUGGGCUUUUGAGGUUCCUCUUAGAAUCUAUGAUCUAAUUUAAAACAAAUUUGAAAUUGCUAAUUGCAAUAAACUGUAUUGUAUAACAAAUUUGGAUUUGCUAAUUGCAAUAAACUGUAUUGUAUUCUAACUGAUCUAAUUGAAUGGAAUGCAGUGUAACCUUGAUUCUCAACACAUUCAUAACAAAACACUUGUAUUUAUAUUUAUUUUGGAUGAAGAAAGUGAACAGACUGUCUUUCCUGACUGUUCUGCACACCCAAAAGUUUUUCAGAUAUAACAGCUAACAUUAUUCUGCAGUAACAGGAGUUGUAACUACUAUGCCAGUGAACGUUUAUGGCACCAGUUAACCUGUUGCUUGUAUGUAAUGUAUCACAUGAUCUUUAUGAUUUUCAUAACAUUUUUGUAGGCAAAACACAUUGGUCAUUGUUAAGCAUGAGUAGAGUCACGGGAGCAAUUUUUCUAAGGUUGAUGUGAUUGACGGCGUAUAUAUAUAUAUAUAUGUAUAUAUAUAUGAAGGUUUCACAAGGAAACAUUAAAAGGAGCAUGCAUAUUUCACUUAGUAUUUUGCACUUUUUGUCAAUUUUUAUUGAUCUUAUUUUCAUUUUAAACACUGGUUCUUAAAAUAUAUUAUUACCACCAUUAGUCAUGGGUGAAAUAUUUAUAAUGCAUGCACAUGAUUAUCAGAUCUACAAACAAGCCUAAGAUAAGUUUAUUGAACUAUUAUAUUAUGUUGUGUCUGUUUCUGUCAUGUAACUGAAGUAAUUUUGUAUUUGUUUCAAUGAAAAUUGGGCUGUGUAUCAAGUGAAAUUCUACAGUUUUAGCUUACUAGUUACUGUGACAUUGUGCGACGUGAAAAAAUUAGCUCCCAGUAUAAAAUUGAGUAAAAUCUGUGUUAAUUUUGAUUGUUACACAGUCAUUCAAAUGUUUCCCAAAAAAAAGCUAUCUCGCCAAAAAGCAAGUAAAUGGAUUAUGAAAUUCUGGAAUCAUUAGGUAGCUGACUGAAUACAAAUUGUAGCUAUUUAACUAGAAGUAUCCAUUUUGAUUCUGCUAUUCAAGUUUUUUUGUUUUUUGCUUCUGUGCAACUCUAACAAACCAGUGAUUAGUGUUUUGCCUACCUCAUCGUUUCUGACAAUUUGCCUACAAAUUUCAAAUAAAUCAUGUGGUCUUGUGUGUAAGAGCCUAGGCUGUCUGCUGAAAUAGAUUUAAUGUGGUUUUGUUUUGAAUAAAGUUGUGAAGCACUUUGAAUUUUUCUUUCCAUUCAUAGGGAGGUAGUGAAGAAAGUAAAAGUGAACAAAGAAUGUAUUGGAAAUAUGUCAAAUUUGCAAAAUACUCUAUCAAGUUCACCAAAGCUAUUAAAAGUGUAGACUUUGUGGUAGCUUUAGACAAACUGUCAGAAGUGUCUGCAUUUCAAAUAAAACAGAGCCUUGUGUGUGUAUGGUCCAAUCUGUGUACAUGUACAUACACGGCACAUAUACGUGAUGUAUAAACCCAUAGUAGUAUCUGGUUAUAUUGAAGAUGUAAUGGUCUUGAUUUCACAGAAUCUGGCUAAACCUGUUUAAGAAUGCCUUGAAAAAAUAAAGUUCAUUUUUCCUAUGGGAA